CCUCCCCUUCUCGCCCCUUCCAGCUGUGCGAAACGGAGCAUCCCAAUCCCUAAUGUAAGCUAUUUGUAUUCGGAUCUGACCCAACAUGUAUUAUCUACCUACUAACUUCGAUUUUGUUUGCAAAGAUUAUCGUGCCCUAUGCUGGGUCUGCCAGUGCACAUGACCCAAGUGAAAUUCGCCGUCAAUUUGACAUUCCUGGAUUUUGUUCCUAGUGAUUCUUCUAUCCCCGAUUGUCAGUUGCGGUUAAUUAGAGUUGCAGUCGAGUGUAUGUUCAGCAUAUUCCCAGUCUGUAGCUGUCUUCAGUAGGGGAUCCUCAUUUUUUUUUCUUUUUUGGGUCACCUUGAUUUUAUAGUUGGAUUUUUAUUUAAGCUUCUCCCAGCCGAUAUCUGAAGAUGGGUGACUUUUUGCUUGUUUUUAUGUUAUUAGGAAGGUGUGUUUACAUUUCUUCAAGAUCCUCUGGUUUGUUUUUGUAGAAUUCAAACUUUCUCAAGCGAAACUGUAUGCACUGGGUUCUGUCUGCUCUCUGCUGGUAAAUAUAUUUUUUUAGUAAGCUGGUAAAUAUAUUUGCAGGGAUGCAAAAGCCUUUGGUUUGAUACUCUAAGGAUAUUUCGGUGUGGGAUUAGGGAAUAGAUAGAUGAAAUGUUCAUAUCAUAUUAAAUUCUACUGUCUGUCGCUGGCCUACAUACCAUACAUACCGAUACCAUCCUCACUCCUCAGUAGCAAACAUCUUCAUAUUGUGUUCAUGAGAUUGAAGAAUGAAGUAUCUGUCCCAUUUGUUUGGCUUAACCUGCUCCUAGUAUCUUUUCUUGUUAAGGUUAUUGUGUUAGUGUUACCUUUCUUAAAUCCUUACUUUUGGACCAUCUCAUAGCAAAUCCAUAAAUGUUUUCUGAAACGAAGAGGAAAAAACAUCAACCAAAGAUGUUGAUAAUUUUAAUCAAUACAUUUUGUGGUUAUUUGGUGGAAGGUACAGUGUUGAAAAUUUAUUUAUUGUUUUUCUACUGCCUACCAUGCUAUUAGUUGAUCCUAAAGAUCUCCAUAGUCAAGCUAAGUAACUGUGUUGAUCUUAGAAGUAGAAUUUGUGUCCGUGGAACUUAUUUUCUGGGAAUUUGGCUCUGUGAAGUUUAAUUACUUCUAUUUGUACAUAUUAUAGCUUUUGUUUGUUUGUUAAGCUGCUCUUGCAAGGGCAGUAGAUUGGGCAGAUAGUUUUUACCACUGAAUGUAUUUAACUAUUUUUUGUUCCACUACAGGAUUUUUGUUAAGAAUGGGAGAGAAUAAAUGGAUGGGCAAAAGAUGGGAGGACAUGGACACUGAUGUCCUUGUGAAGAUAUUCAAGGAAUUAAAUUUGGUUGAGCUGUCACCAGUAUCUCAAGUUUGUCGAUUGUGGCGUUCGGCCUGUUCAGAUCCACUUAUUUGGGGCACUCUUGACUUUGGAUUGCUAAAAUCUAAUUUUAUUCAGACAAGAGCGUCACCAUAUAUUUGGGUUGAUGAUAGGUCUGACAAGAGACUUGCAAGGAUACUACGGGUGGCUAUGGCAAUUAGCUGUGGGAAUGUCAAUUGCAUGAUAUUCCAUUACAAUUUGUACAUGAGAGAUGAGCACCUUCAUUUCAUUUCAAAAAGCAGAUCUCCUCACCUAAAACGAUUGGUUAUGCCAGCAUGGAACCGCAUAACCAGAGUGGGAAUAUGCCAAGCUAUCCAAAGGUGGCAAGAGCUGGAGUCCUUGACAAUGCCUACCAUCGGACAUCCUCUGUAUAUUAUGGAAGAGAUAGGCAGAAGCUGCAAGAAUUUCACAGAACUUAAGGUCAUGGGCUCAUUUGAUCACCAAUUUGCCUUUGCGAUUUUGCAAUUCCUUCCAAAGCUAAAAGUAUUGAGUCUUCGUUGCUCGAAAGUGACCAUGGAUGCACUGCAGUCUUUACUGCACUCGAUGGAAUAUCUUGAGGUUCUGAAUAUUUCCCACUCCCUGCUGUUGGUCAUCGCGGCAAAUGGGCGGAAGCAAGUGGUUCAUGAGCUGGAUGGCCAAAUUCUCGAGAGAGCUUCACGGCUGCGUGAAUUCCACUACUGCCAGAGCAGGACGUGCAUUGCAUGCCAGCGGAUGGUGGUGGAUGAAGGCAUCAUGCGCUGGUACAGGUACGAGGAUUGGUUUUGGCGUCGAGAUGAGGUCAGGUCCCUUGACCUGCAAGAUUAUGGGAAGCUAUUUGAUGCUGGUUGCGAGAGGUUGACGUCUGUAGAGUAGAUGGUUAAAGCGGGUAUAAAACUCGCCUCCUCACUGUAGAAACUUGACCUGGCAUUCGUAAAACAGAACAUAGCAACCACCGAGUUGUAACCAUAGAUAAAUAAUAUCGGACAAUGAUGUGGGUGAAUGGUGUGUGUGUGUGUGGUGUGUUGGCAGUGCUGUAAAUCCAAUAAUAGCUGGUCAUAUUUUAAUGGGUUGUGAUAGUCUCUAUGGUGACUGCAACAAUGGUGUGGACCAUAUGCUUUCAAGUUUCAAAUGAUGUUGCAUGAAA